UCCAUCGAUCCCCCAUUAAUGGCACUCACAGGCGCCGUUUUUGUCGUCGGGAUUGCAUUACUGAUAGCUGCCCCAUUAACCCAGCAGCAUGAGGUUGUGCAGUUUAGUUACAGUGGAGCAACAGGUCCGGGCAACUGGGGGAGCUUGAGUCCAGAUUUCAGCGCAUGUUCCACCGGAAAGCUUCAAUCUCCGGUGAACAUUGUGAAGAAGGAUGUCGUCGAUAAUCACAAGUUGCCACCUUUGACCAAAGUUUACGAAGAAAGCAACUCUACAUUGAUUAACUAUGGCUUCAGUAUUGGGCUGCAAUAUGAAAACAACGCUGGGGUGUUGAUUCAAGAUGGCAAGAACUACACCUUGAAGAAAAUUGAUUGGCAUUCCCCUUCCGAACACACAAUUAAUGGUCUCCGGUAUCCUUUGGAGCUCCAAAAAAUUCACGUCUCCGAUGACGGCCACAUCUCCGUGGUGGCAGUCCUCUACAAUUAUGGUCAUGUCGAUCCAUUUCUCGUUCAGUUAAGGAAGGAGAUUACACAAUUGACCAAGGAGGUAUGUGGAGAGGAUGAAGAAGUUCACAUCCCUGUAGUUGAACUGGGAAGUAAGUACUUGAAGCGCAAAGCUGUCAAGUAUUACAGAUACGUUGGUUCUCUCACCACUCCUCCAUGCACAGAGAAUGUUACCUGGAGCAUCCUUAGCAAGGUGAGAGACGUUAGCAAGGAGCAGGUUGAAGCUCUGAAAGCUCCAUUGGAUGGAUCAUGCAAAAACAACGCAAGGCCUGUGCAGCCUCUUAAUGGACGUUCGAUUGAGUUCUACGAUGCGAACAGUGGAAAAAACUAA